AAGUGCCUCUUAGUAUGGCCGUGAAUUUAGAGUUGUUUCACUCAGUAUCGUGAUUUUGUUAUGUGAAAUAGGCUGAUCAAUCCUUCUUCUUAUGUUGCCUGACAUAAACCUUAUAUUGUGUCUUGUGUGUGAGUGUUAAAUCCGCUUGAACCCAAGGUCAAUUCUACUUCUUGUCUUGCCUAACAUAAAUUUUAGGGUCUGAGUAAUGAAUGGCUGCCUGUACCCGACUGUCAUGGGUAUUGGGAUAAGCUAAAAUCAUUAUAUGAAAGGGUGUUAAGUAAGAACCUACCUUUGACAGACAAUAUUUAAUUCAGUUGGUCAAAAAGUGUUGUUUUAAUUAGUGAGAUUAUUUGAAUUAGCUCAAUUAUUUUGGAACUCUUAUGUACGAAGAAAAUUCUGAAGAUGUUGUUUUUCACCCAAUUUGCUAAAUAACAAAAAUUCUAUAAUUUAGGUACUCGAGGUAAAAAAUGUCAUAAAAAUUCCUUUCAGGACAUGAUAAAAUUGAACUGUAACAAACAUUAUUAUCAAUACGAAUUAAGGAAAACCGUGCGGAUGAAAUCAUAGCCCCUGUAUAUAGCUCAUGCAGGGACGAGGUAAAUAGCUCAGUGUGACACUUAGAGUGCCGUGGAAUAUACUUAUUGGUGAUUUACUUGGAUUUACUUGAAAACAGACGCCACUACCAGCAGUAUGCCGUCACUAUCGCUGAAGAUAGUGCAGGACGGAGGAGCAGUCACUAGGAAGGUGAAGUUCGACUCGCGCAUGACCGUGCAAGAUGCUCACAAGCUGGUCAAGGAGAAGGUUAUUGUUCCUGAUAAGGGGAAAGAGUAUGGGCUGUUCCUCCGCUCAGCUGACAGCUCUCUGUCGGGGGUCUGGCUGGAGGAAGACCGUACCCUGGACAACUAUAUGCUGCGGGAUGGUGACUCGCUGGAUUACAUCUGUCGGAUGAGGAACCUUAGGGUGCGGCUGUUGGAUGAUACGGUGAAGACGCUUCAGGUGGACGAAGCGAAGACAGUCGCCGAGCUGAUGAUGGAGAUCUGCGCGCGCAUCGGCAUCAAGAACUAUGAUGAAUACGGACUGUGCCACGAAGAAGUAGAAGAGGUGGAAGACGCGAAGGAGAAGGACAAGGGCACGCUGAAGCGGCCCAAGGACAGAGACGUCGCGCUCGAGCAGCUCAGCAGGAAGCUCAAUACUGAUGAUAAUGUGGCAUGGCUAGACCAGCACCGCACCCUCCGAGAGCAGGGCGUGGACAGCAAAGAUACCCUACUGCUAAAGCGACGCCUGUUCUACUCGGACCGUAACGUGGACUCGCGGGACCCUGUGCAGCUGAACCUACUGUAUGUGCAGACCAGGGACGCUAUACUGGUCGGCAGGCAUCCUGUUACUGAGCAGCAAGCGGUCCAGUUCGCGGGCAUCCAGUGUCAAGUGCAGUUGGGAGACUAUCAGGAAGGAAAACAUAAGCCUGGAUUCAUUGAGAACCUAGAAGAAUACCUACCAGCUCAGUACUCGAACGCGUGGAGCAUAGAGAAGAAGAUUUUCAAGGAGUUCGCGCUGCACCAGGGCAAGACGCCGCUGGAGGCCAAGUUCCUCUACAUCAAGACUGCACGGGCCAUGCCUACUUACGGAGUCACCUUCUUUUUGGUUAAGGAAAAACAAAAAGACAAGAAGAAGCUUGUCCCCCGCCUCCUGGGCAUCAACGCUGAAGCCAUCUUGCGUCUCGACGAGGUCACCAAGGAGAUCCUGCAGCAGUGGCCGCUGACACACGUGAAAACCUACCACGCUGGGAAGUCGCAGACUUUCACGCUUAACUUCGGGGAUUACAGUGACAAGGAGUACAGCGUGAAGACGCAGCACUGCCACCGCAUCCGCGACAUCCUGGAGGGCUACAUCGACAUCAUCCGGCGCCGCAUGCUGGCGCCGCCCGCGCACCACGUCGGCACGAGCAUGGCAGUGUUACACGAUAACGUGCACACGGGCAAGGGUAACAUAAUCGAGCUCGUGUCGAACAACCCCAGCAAGAUCGUGACGGAGUCCUUCGUGGGACCCAAUAAGAUCAUGCCCUUCGAUCAAGGCUCGGCCGCGCACUCGGGCGCUCAGCUGACUACCAUACAGCAGAUAGUUGUCACUGACCAUCUCAAGAACCAACAGUAUGCUAUUAAGGGUGAGUUCCCAAUGCGCGGCGACAUGUCCCCCGACUGCGUCGCGGCGCUCAACAAGAUGAACGCCAACUCCGUCAACAUCGUCGGACUACUCACAGAUCCCACAGAUUCCAAUGUGAAGGAAGCGCAAAAGAUCGUUCAGAUCAUGCACGAAGAACUACCAGUUGUAGAGAAAGGUGUAAAAGAUACGGCAGACAAACAGACAGUCGAUGAGAUGCAGAAGAAGAUGCUGGACGACCUUCAGGACUUGAACAGCUACCUCAACAAGCUGUCAGACACCUGCAAGCCUGAAUUAUUGCAUUCGGGCGAGGCAAAGAAUGCAGCAGAGAACAUUGCCGACGUGACGACCCAGAUGUUCCUCUCCAUCGACCCCAAGAGUAGAAGACGAAGCGAACUGCUCAGGCGUUCCCGGCGUCGCAUCAAGGCGGGCGAGGUGCGCGAGAACACGGUGCGGCGCGAGUCCUUCGUGGCCGCCGCCACCACCGCCCUGCAUGCCGUCGACACUGCUGCAGCACUGCUCAAGGAGGAUUACACGGGAGCUCCAAUAGACGAGGCUCAGCGGCACAAGCUGGAGCGUGCUCUGGAAGACAGGAUGGGCAAGCUGAAUGCCGCCAUCGCGCUCUACCUCACCGCGCACUCGGACCCUGAGAACAUUGACUACGCUGCCGCCAUCAAUUCAAUGAAUGCUAUCAACGAGCUGAUGCCUAAGUUGGCGAGAGACGCUCAGAUGUUGGCCAGCACCAAAGACCCAGCAGGUCGUAAGGAGUUGCUGGACGAGAUGCAGGCACUCUUCGACGCCACCAAGAAGGUCUGCGGCAUGACUGGCACUGGGGAUCAUGAGAAAAUCCAAGAAGCGUCGAACACGUAUGCUGAUGUUGCCGGCAAACUUAUAUUUACAUUCGCGCGAGGAACUAACUCUGAUAAGGAGAAAGAGAUUAUCCAGCUAGCCAAGGAAGCCGGCGCCAAGACCUCGAAGCUGCUGGUAUCAGCCAACGAGCUGACCUGCCAGGAGCAGUCGGACGCCACCUCCGCAGUGGACCGCGCUGGUGUUCGCACUGCCGCCGCCGCCAGGGACCUGCUGGCGUGUGCUCAGUUAACAGCCCCAGCUAUCCACGAGCCUCACUGCCAGAGUGCUUUAACUGCCGCAGCCGAGGGUCUGAGCUCCAGCCUGCACAGCAUGGAGACAGCUUGGAAGCCGCUGCUCGAAGACCCUACUAGGCAGCACAUGAGUGACAUCCUGCAUCAUCAGGCCAUGGAUGUUAACCAGGCCUUGGAGAGGCUUAGAGAUGCUUAUAGCAAUGUGGAAGGUGCUUCUGAAGAGUUGCUACCACAACAAGAGAGGAAGCGGCUUCAGUUCAUCGCCACUAUGGCUGGAGCUAAGAGUAAGCUGGAGAGAGUGGAAGAUGGAUGGGAUAAGUCAGCAAGCAGUACUCCUUCUGAACAACAGAAGCAAGAAUCGGAGCGGCGGCUGGCACACAGCAUGGCGCAGCUCAAUGCCGCCGUCGCAGCACUCGCUGCUGCUACUGCUGAUCGUGAGAAUCCUGACUACGCCACCGCUGAGCUGGCUAUGUCUACCAUUUCUGAGUUGAUGCCGCAAAUUGUUAAAGACUCGGAGGUAGUAAGCAGCGACAAAGACGAGGCGACCCGCGCCGCCAUGCGCAAGCACAUACACGGGCUAUGUGACGCCACGCGUGAGAUGUGCGACGGCGAUGGAUAUCCACACGAUCAGGGUGAGGCUACGUCCAAGUUUGCCGCAGCUACCGGCAAGCUUGUAUUCCUCAUCAGUCCCGUCGCUGAUAAGGGCAAGCAGAAACAUGUGCUACAACUAUCAAGUGCAGCUCAGCAGCAAGCGUCGGAACUGACGCAGCAAGCUCGGCAGCUGGUGCCUGACGAACACCAUGCGGCGGCCGAGCUGUGCCAGCGAGCCGACCGCGCCGACGAUGCCGCGCGAGCACUGCAUGCUGUCGCACAGGUGACAAGUGCCAGCAUAGACUCCCCUCGCUGCCAAGACACUCUCAACUCCGCCGUGUCACGCCUCCACGACACGGCGACACACUUAGUGUCCACCUGCAGAGACACGCAGGCAGAUUGCAGUGGAGUUAAAGACACGCAGCAACAGCUUGAGGAUAGUUUGCAGCAGUUGGCGUACAUAUGCAAUAUGGGACCUGCAGAUACCACGAGUAGCGAGGAGGUGAAAGAAAAGGAGAAACGUCGUCUACAGUUCAUCAACAGCAUGCCCGCCGCCAAGCGACGUCUGGACGCCGCUGCGCAACAACUUACCAAACCGAUGCUAUGUCAGAUGAUGACACAAGAGUACGCAGUGCAGCUAGAAGACCAGCUGGCUGACAAGCUGGCGCAGCUCAACGCGGCAGUCGCUGCACUCGUCGCUGCUACUGCAGAUCGCGAGAACCCUGACUACGUGGCUGCGGAGAGCGCUGUCAGCACCAUCACUUCAAUAAUGCCUCACUUGAUGCAAGAUUCCCGCAAGUUGUGUGGCACGAAGACGGACGAGGAACAGAGGGCCAUGUUACAAGACUUGCGUGAGCUCUGUGACGCCGCCAGGGACAUCUGUGACAAUGCCGGGAAACCUGAGGGUGUGGCUGAUGCUGUUGCCAAGUACUCCGCAGCUUCCAGCAACCUGGUGUUCUGCGUCACUCCUGGAGCUGAUAAUGCUAAAGAAAAUGAGGUGAUCGGUCUAUCAGCGGAGUCGUGUGGCAAGGCAUCAGAACUCCUAUCGCUGGUACAGCGGCUGACGGAACAGGUCCCAGAUUCUGGUGCAGCAGCAGAGCUGGACAGCCGCGGCGCCCAUACGGCUGAUGCUGCACAGGCACUGCUGACGGUGGCACAGGCAACGGCUGCCAGUAUCCAGCAUGGACACUGCAAAGAGCAGUUGCUCGGAGCAGCCGAUAAUCUGCGCAGUUCUGCCGAUACCUUGACUGCCUCGUGCUCUCCACACCUGCCACAGCAUCUUGAGCUGCAGCAGCAGCUGCAGGCAUCGCAUCACCAGCUCAACGACAGUCUAGAUAAGCUCGUUGAUGCUUGCAAUUCUGCACAACCUAGUACCCGAGCUGAUGCAGCGAAGACUGACAGAGAAAAGCGCCAGUUGCAAUUCGUGACCAGCUUGUCUGGCGCCAAGAACCGCAUCUACGAUGCUGAGCAACAACUGCAACAGCCGUUAACUAAGCAGCCGUUGAACAAGGAAGACACAGCAGUAUUAGAACAGACGCUGUCGGAGCGAGUGACGCGACUCAACGCGGCCGUCGCUGCACUUGCCGUGGCCAAGGCUGAUGUGAACAAUCCAGACUACGCGACAGCAGAGCAAUCUGUCAAAGAAAUAUCUGAGCUGAUGCCACUCAUCGUACAAGAUUAUCGCAAAGUGUCGGGAGCGAAGACAGAGGCGGAGCGCGCCGCCGUGUCGCACGAGCUGAGAGCCCUCUGCCGCGCCAGCCGCUGUAUAUGCGAGAGCGGUGAACAACCGGGUCCACUACUCAAUACUGCGGAAUUCAGCAAAGCCUCCAAUAAGCUAGUGUUCCUCGUGAGUCCUAAGCGUGGCGACCCGAAGGAACAACAGAAGUUAGAGGCUCUGCAGGAAGCCCACAGUCAGGCACAUUCACACGUACAACAGGCACAACGGGUACAGGUGGCCCUGGGCCCCGCCGCGCCCGCGCAACUCGCCAUCACUGGGGCAAGACUGCUGGGAGACGCCGAGCAUAUGAUGUCUGUGGCACAUAUGGCGAAUACAAGCAGUCCGUCACAGCACUCGUCGGCAGUGAUGCUAGCAGCGCAGAAGCUGCGCGGUUCUGCUGCCGAGCUGACGGCGAGCUGCGCCCCGCACCUGCAGCCUGAUGCGCAGCAGCAGCUGCUGGCCUCGCAGCAACACCUGGAUGAUAGCAUUGAGAGAGUGCUGAUGGCUUAUAGAGAUGCUGCGUCGGCAGUGAUGCUAGCAGCGCAGAAGCUGCGCGGUUCUGCUGCCGAGCUGACGGCGAGCUGCGCCCCGCACCUGCAGCCUGAUGCGCAGCAGCAGCUGCUGGCCUCGCAGCAACACCUGGAUGAUAGCAUUGAGAGAGUGCUGAUGGCUUAUAGAGAUGCUGAUGACGUGGGUGUCGUGUCAUCACCUCAACUACAAGAGAAGCAGCGAGUGCAGUUUGUGAACACGGUCGCCGGAGCUAAGGAACGAUUGGAUGCUGUCGAUCAACAGCUUAAACAGCCAGUACUAUGUCAGAUGAUGAGACAAGAAGACGGAGUAGCGUUGGAACAUCAGCUGUCUGAUCGCAUGGCGCAGCUCAAUGCUGCAGUCGCCGCCCUUGCUGCAGCCACUGCAGAUCGCAAGAAUCCUGACUACACUGCAGCAGACCAGGCCGUGAAGACUAUAACCGAGCUCAUGCCACAACUCGUUCAAGAUUCCCGCAAGUUGUGUGGCACGAAGACCGACGCAGAACAAGCGGCCAUGUUACAAGACUUGCGUCAGCUCUGUGACGCCACCAGGGACAUCUGUGACAAUGCCGGGAAACCUGAGGGUCUUACUGAUGCUGCUACCAAGUUCUCCGAAGCUUCCGGCAAGCUGUUGUUUAUCGUCAGCCCUAAGAACCAGAGUGCUCAAGCACAACAGGUGAUCGGUCUGUCGGCGGCGUCGUGUGGCAAGGCAUCAGAACUGCUAUCACUGGUGCAACGGCUGACGGAGCAGGUUCCUGAUGCUGGCGCAGCAGCUGAGCUGGACAGCCGCGGCGCCCAUACUGCUGAUGCUGCACAGGCGCUGCUAACAGUAGCACAGGCAACAGCCGCCAGUGUCCAACACCCGCAGUGUCGUGCGCAGCUGCUGGGAGCAGCGCAGACUCUGCGUAAAUCAGCUGAUACCCUGGCCAGUGCCUGCUCACCGCAUCUGCCGCAGCACCCUGACCUGCAGGAGCAGCUGCACUCCUCGCACCAGCAGCUCAAUGAUAGCUUGGAUGAUCUCAUCCGCGCCUGCAAGGCUGCACAGAAAGAUGAUGUGUCGCUGUCACCGCACCAAGAACAGCAACGCAUCAAGUUUGUGAGUACCGUCUCUGGAACCAAGAAACAUCUCGACGCCGCUGAACAGCAGUUGAACAAGCCUGUCAUCUGUCAAAUGAUGUCGGCAUCGGACGGGGCGACACUGCAGAGCCAGCUAUCUCGUCGCCUCGCACUGCUCAAUACUGCAGUCGCUGCACUUACUGCUGCUACUUCUGAUGGCAAGAACCCUGACUACCCGGCAGCAGAGCGUUCUGUCACUACCAUUACUGAACUGAUGCCGCAAGUUGUGCAAGAUUGUCAUAAGCUAUGCGGUAUUAUGGAGCCGACAUUGCAAGCGGCUGCCGUACGACAGCUGCACGAGAUAUGCGGCGCUGUGAGAGACAUCUGUGAUGGCAAUGGACAUCCACAGAAAUUGAACGAAGCAUCAGCUAAGCUAGCCAACGCGUCUAGCAAGUUGAUGAACAUCGUCAAUCCGGACGGCAAACCAGCGAAGGGUCCGAAGCCAGGAGUGCCGACCAGGAAGCCAGCAGUGCCGGCUCGAGACCCCAAGUAUACAGUGACUGCGGGGGUGCGAGCAUCACGACAUGCUGAUGAUACCAAGACCUUCCUCGAUGCUCUCAGAGCUGAGGAGAGUCAGGAUAAAGUGAAAAUAGUGGGCAUAGACGCGAAGGGACCAGUAGCUUCUGAAGAAGAGAAGCGAGCACAGAAGCAGUUCCUCGAGAUGAUAGACAGCGCCGAGACGGGCUUGCAGACUGCUCAAGAUGGAAUUAAACAGCUGUACAACGCAAAGAGUAGUACAGUAAGUGGUCCUGCGCUGGCCGCGGCCGAGGUUGCCCGAAGAGAACAGCAUAUGGAAGACACUUUAGCUCGGGCUGCAGUGCAUGUAGCUAACCUGGUCGCUGCUAACUACGCCGAUAAACUGGACUAUAAAGCUGCAAUGGAACCAACUGUAUCACUUACUAAUGCUGUGAAGAGCGUUGUGGAUGACGGCAGUGCAAUCUGCGAUUCUCUUCCCGACAAGGCACGGAAGACAUUCUUAGACGACAUGACUGGACUGUGCCACGCUACCAAGAGUAUCUGUGAAGCUGCUAAGAGCAGGAAAGAGAAAUUGAACGAAGCAGCAAUAUUAUUUGGCGAUCAGUCGGUUAAACUGCUGCGAGUAGUAAGCAGCGAUAUCAACCCCAAUUUGGAGAAAGAGGUGAUAUCCCGAGCGAAGGCUAUCGGCGACACAGCCUCCCGCCUGGCCUUGGAAGCCAGCAACGUGGCCACUGCUGCCAGUACUGCUGGUACUACUGGUGAUGCCAGUACCACUGGUGCCAGUCCCGUGCAGGAUAUAUGCACUGCGGGUACUAGAUGCGUUGAUGCUGCUGGCAAACUCGUUUAUACUGCUAAGCUGAUAGCCCCAACAAUCCACCACACCACCAGCCAAGAAACUCUCAUAUCCUCAGCAGACAACCUAUCCUCCUCUCUCACCACCUUCUCCAAGACCUGGUCUCCUCUCACCAGCAGCCAGCAGCCCUCCGUCCACAAUCUGACUGCUGAGGCUGCUCAUCUUGAGGAGUUAGUGGAGAACUUGAGGAAAGAUGUGAAGAAUGGCAAGUUAGGAAGGAGUAGGGACUUUGAGCCUGUUGUCGAUGUGGAUAGUGUGAUGAGGCAGUUGGCUGUGCAGGUCCUUGAUACUGCAAAGGAUAUGGCGGCACAUGGUGACUUGUCUCCGGAGCUAAAGAAGGAGUACAGUGGCUACUCCGGCAGGCUGGAGGAGGCCAUUCGUGCGUUAGACCUUGCUAAUGCCAGGUUUCAGAGAUCACCGAGGGACAGAAACAAGCGCAACGACUUGGAGAUAGCGACGCAGGACCUGCAGAUGACGCUGCUGCAAACCAGACCUUCUAGGGCUGGACAGGAACAGAGCUAUAUUGUGGACUUUAGAGACUUCUUACAAGACCUUGUGAAAGAAGCUGAUGCACUGCAGGAAACUGCUCGGAAGAACGAAAGCGUCGUCGGCAAAGGUCCCACAGAGAACAUAAAGCUGUUAUGCAGCAAGAUCAGCGAGGAUGCUCAGCGGCUGAUGAGCCCCACAGAUUACGACCAGCUCAGUGGCACCGUCAUGACCUGCGCAGACGACGUCAUGGACAUCGACGUGUCGGGACAGGAAUGCGAAGUAUUGGUGAAGGAGAUAAACAGCGCGAUACAAGGCAUCCAGGAUCCGAAGGCUAAGGGUCAGCUCAAAGCUAAACUCUUGGCUUUGAUGGAGAGCUGUCACUUGCUCAGAUUUGCGACAUACAGCCACAUAGAGGCCACCCGCAGUGCUGCAUGGGACGACACGCUGAGGAACCUGGACAGCUUCCAGGAGUUGCACAUGGAGCCUCUCGCUAACGCCGUCCGGAAGAUCACUCAGCAGAAGAAGACCGCCCCAGGCCCGCUGUGCAGCCGGCGCCGCGCUGGGCGGGCGCUGGUGGUGGCGCGCAGCCGCGCGGCGCGAGGCGAGCCGGCGCCGCUGUGCCACGCGCUCGCCUAUGCCGUGGCCGCCUCCGCCAAGCCGCCGCCGCCGCCCAAGGAUACCGCCACUGAUGGCCAGCAGCAGAAGACUGACACAGGAGUUGCUGAUACCGUCGAUGAGGUAAAACGUACGAUAUUCAACGUUGCCGACGCUUAUAAUCUACGGUCGCACACGCAACAGCCCAUUAUCAGCGCCAAACUGUUAGAGAUGCUGGAGCAAUCUAAGCACACUCCUCUGUUGAGUGCAGAAGAUAUCGACAAACUGCUUCUGAUCCCUGAACAAUCAGUCGAGGGCACUCCCAAACAGCUGCAAGACAAGCUGUAUCAGCUGUCGACGCAGCUGAGCUCGCUGGCGGGCACGGUGCUGCGGCCGCAGUCGCUGCACGCCACCGCCGACCUGGCGCUGCUGCUGGCUAACACUGCCAGAGCGCUCAAGGAUACCAAGCGUCCGAUGCAGUCUCAGAAGAUUGAAGAAGCUGUCCAUGAAAUGUGCACCUCCACCUACACCUUGCUUAAGACUGCCGAAAUCGUCUCUCAGAAUCCUGAACAUCACGACAUGAGAAGAAAACUGACAGAUGCGUCCCGUCAGCUCAACGAGUCCAUCAAUCAAUUGGUGUCAAGCGUGGAGACAGGCUCGUCAUCUCGUGCAGCACUAGGCGAGGUGCAGCGCAGCAUGCAUUUGCAGCGCAGCGUGUUGCAGAGCGCGCCGCAGCCGACUGCCGCGAUGCCGUAUGCGCACUGCCUCGACAGUCUGCGGGACCAGCGAGAUGUGCUACAUAAACUGAAGAGUGACCAGUCAAUGUCUCGUGAAGAGUUCUUCAAGAGUAUGAACUACGUGGCUUCAGCCAUCAGCAACAGCACUGAAUGUGCGGCGCAAGCGGCUUAUCUAUUAUCAGUGUCAGAAAAAGAUGAUUCGAUCGGCAAGCUGGGUCCGGUGGACGUGGGUAAGUUGCAGAAGUCUGUGGAGGCUGCCGAGAACACCUGUGUCUCCGUCAUCGUGGCCAGGCACAGUGAACAUGGACAGCUGGAAGAAGAGACGUCUAUCCUGAAAGGUCAGGUUCAGGAUCUACUCGACGGUUUGGAUGAUGCCAUCAACAAGACAAAAGACGGUGAACUGAAAGAAAAACUUACAGAAUGCAAAAAAGACAUCACUCAAUGUUCUAAGGAUUAUUACUGUACAGUCCAGAAGAAACCUAAUGAUAAGGAUGAAAUACUGGUAAAAAUCUUGAAACUGAUGUACGAAGUGGAAGACGCUGGCCAUGUCCUACAGGAUCCGAAAUUAGUGGUGACUGCUAGCGAGGUGUCUGCGGAAACACAGAAACAAAUUGAUGAGGUCAUCAAGAAUUCGCUAGCCCUGGUGUCCCACCAAGAGGAGUUACUGAAAGAAGUGAAGGCCACUUCUGAGGAUCAGAAGGUGAUGACAUGGGUCAUGUACAACAAGAGGCGGGACGUGCUCGACGCUUUCGAGAAUUUGCUCAAGAGUAUACAGUCGGCCGGUCAACGCGUCAAACUUCUAGAAGGUUCCACUGAAGAUUCUGAGGGAGAAAAGAAGAGCUACGUUCAGAAACAGUUUGAUGCUGCAUCCAAAUGGCUCCUGAAACCUGUUUCUAAAGCUGAAAUCAAAACGAACGGUCAGGAAGCAGUACGCAAUCUCAUUGAAGUAGCAAAUAAGAUAACGGAAGAUCUGAAAGGUUCAGAAAAGGAGGACAUGCGCAACUUAGUGCAGGAGACGGAACAACUGCUCACCGCCUGCACUCAGAAGUAUGAUCAUGAACAGUACAGCUUACUAAUGGAGCGAGUACGAGAGCUGAAGAAGGCGAUCGAGCGCGGCGUGGUGACGCGAGUGGUGGAGGACUUCAUGGAAGCUGAAGCUCCCCUCGCUGACCUGGACCUGCUCGCUGAUUAUGAGAAGGACGAAAGCAAGCGCAAGUUGAUCCUGGAGCGCAAGAUAGCCGAGCUGCUGGCGCAGCUGGGCCGCGUCACCCGCACGGCGCGGCUCAUCGCACACACCGACCGCAGCGCUGGUAGCAUACAGCUCAACUCCUGUAGCGAACAGGCGGAGUUGUUGGCUCCAAUGUUGGUGAAAGCUGCACAGGAAAGGGUCGCCUCUCCUAAUGACCAGGUGAUAAUAGAGAAGUACAAGUCCCUGUUAGCCAAGUACACGGACUCGCUGUCUCAGAUCCGAGACCUGUGCGACCAGUCCGUUGAUCCCAUGGAGUUUGUGCAAACUGCAGGCGAGACGAUGGAGCGCAUGCGCGAGGAGUCCACCAAACACAACGAUCCCAUGAAGUGUGCACACACAUCUAACGCCAUCACCAAACUAGCCAACCGCGUGAUCCACGUGGGCCUGUCCUCGAACGAGGCAGCCGGUGACCCCGAGCUGAGGAAGCUGCUGUCGGAGGCGCAGCUGCAGCUCAGCGCCGCCACGCCGCAGCCGGGCACCAGGGCCAGCAAGAUGCCCGACUGGAAGGAUACCACUGCCAAGAUCUUACAAGCGACGGAGACGGUAGAAGCAGUGCUCGGCGGUGAGACCAUCUUCAACACGCAGCCAGGACCUGACCAACCCAUUUAUAAUGAAGCACUGAAUCUGCACGUAGCCAUUCGCGACUGGUCGUCUCGCGACAACGAGAUAGUUGCCGUCGCCAAGCGCAUGGCCGUACUCAUGGCCAAACUCUCCAACUAUAUGAGCAAUGACAAGCAGCGCGAGGUGCUAACAACUUCGAAGUCGAUAGUGUCGGAGUCGCACGAGGUGGCGCGGCUCGCCAACAAGCUCGCGCACGAGUGCACCGACCACAGGAUCAAGACUAACUUGCUACAAACUUGUGAGCGGAUCCCGACAAUCAGCGGUCAGCUCAAGAUGUUGACCACCGUCAAAGGAUUCUCUCUUGGACGGCAUGGUACUCAAGAAGAUAAGGAAGCUUUGGACAUGUUAGUUGGCAACGCUCAGAGUUUGAUGUUGAGUAUUCAAGACGUAGUGAAAGGCGCUGCCAGUGCAUCCGUCAAGAUCAUGUCUCAACGAGGACCCAGGAUGAAGUGGGUGCGCAAGACUGUCUACUAACAUUUCUUAUACUUAUACUGACGCAGGUCAACCUACCCGAAACUGACAAAUUCUACCAAUCGAACGUCAACCUUCAACUAUUGUGAUAGGGUUCCAAAUCUGAUGAAGAAAGGAGAUAUUUCAAAAUAUAUGGAGCCCACUCUUUGUACACCUUAGUAAAAAAUAGGGGAACAUAUUGUUUUCAUUGAUCCAAUUAAUUUAAUUUUGAUUUGUAUGGUUGUUAAUCCAGUUUGGGUAAAAAAUCCAGUUUGGGUAAACUGGAUUUUUCAAGGUACUGUACAUGUAGUGGGUCGGAUUUGAAAGAUCUCCUUUUACCAAUUGAAUAUUAAAGUUCCACUAUUGGAUAAGGUUAAAUAUCUAUUGAAGAAAUUUGACAGAUGAAGAUAGGUUGAUGUGCUUUCACCUGUACGAAAUACAUUCCGACAAAGUAUAUAUUAGUGUAAGGAAAAAUGUGACUUUCUCACAAUAUUUGUAAAAGAUUCUUUAUUUUAUUAUAUUUUCAAACAUUUUUAACUGUUAGUUUAUAUUUUUAUACUUUUUGUAAUAAAAAAAAAACUGAUUUUAA